AUGGUGUACACUUCAACAUAUAGACACACUAUCAUCGUUGACCUUUUAGAAUACUUGGGUAUAGUUUCCAACACAGAAAUUUUACAAAGUGCCUGUGAGGAUAAAAAUAGAAAGCCUGAGUAUACUAAAAAAAAGGAAAAUAAAGCCGAAUAUGAUGUAGAAUGCGGCGCUGAUCCAUCGAGCUCUGCAUCCUCUAUUAGUUCAGGCUCUAGUAAGUCUCAAAUCGAGAAAAGCGACCCUUUCCUAGUAUAUUGGAAUGGUCCAUCUGACGCUGAAAACCCGCAAAAUUGGUCAGUCCCAAAAAAAUCAUUGGUCAUAUUCCAAGUCAUGUUACUUACUUGCGUCACAUACAUGGGAUCCUCCAUUUAUACGCCUGGGCAGGAAUAUAUUCAAGAAGAAUUUCACGUAGGGCAUGUGGUUGCGACCCUAAAUCUUUCCUUAUAUGUUCUUGGAUAUGGGUUAGGUCCCAUCAUAUUUUCACCACUAUCAGAAAUUGCACGCUAUGGCCGACUCUAUCUUUAUAUGGUGACCUUGUUCUUCUUCAUGAUAUUUCAAGUUGGUUGUGCUACUGUGCAUAAUAUUGGCGGUUUAAUCGUCAUGCGUUUUAUAAGCGGUAUAUUGUGCAGCCCGUCGUUGGCGACUGGUGGUGGUACUGUAGCAGAUAUCAUCUCACCAGAAAUGGUUCCUCUCAUUUUGGGCAUGUGGUCUGCCGGUGCUGUUGCUGCACCAGUCUUGGCUCCACUGCUAGGUGCCGCUAUGGUUGAUGCUAAAAACUGGCGAUUCAUAUUCUGGCUACUAAUGUGGUUAAGUGCUGCUACUUUUAUCUUGUUAGCAUUUUUAUUCCCUGAAACACAGCACCAUAACAUUCUCUACCGCCGUGCUCUGAAAUUGAGAAAAGAAACUGGAGAUGACAGGUAUUACACUAAACAGGAUAAAAUAGAUAGAGAAAUGGAUGCAAGAACUUUUUUUAUCGAUACCUUGUACCGGCCUUUCAAAAUGAUUAUUAAGGAGCCCGCUAUAUUAGCUUUUGAUCUCUACAUUGCCGUCGCUUAUGGUUGUUUCUACUUAUUCUUUGAAGCUUUCCCUAUUGUAUUUAUUGGUGUCUACCAUUUCAGCUUGAUUGAAGUAGGCUUGGCCUAUAUGGGAUUCUGCGUGGGUUGUGUGUUUGCAUAUGGCUUAUUUGCUUUCUUAAACAUUAGAAUUAUUGUGCCACGUUUUAAGAAUGGCACAUUUACUCCGGAAGCCUUUUUAAUCGUAGCAAUGUGUGUUUGUUGGAGUUUGCCGUUAUCUUUAUUCUUAUUUGGUUGGACUGCUCGAGUUCAUUGGAUUUUACCAGUCAUCUCAGAGGUUUUUUUUGUUUUAGCUGUCUUUAAUAUUUUCCAAGCUACUUUUGCAUACUUGGCUACAUGUUAUCCAAAGUAUGUUGCAUCCGUUUUUGCCGGUAAUGGUUUUUGCCGUGCCUCAUUUGCUUGUGCUUUUCCAUUGUUCGGUAAGGCAAUGUAUGAUAAUUUAGCUACCAAAAAUUAUCCAGUGGCGUGGGGUUCUUCCUUGGUUGGGUUUUUCACAUUGGGUCUAGCUAUCAUUCCAUUCAUACUUUAUAAGUAUGGCCCAUUAUUGCGCUCAAAAUCUUCGUAUGCAGACUAG